CAGCUCAGGCUCCUCCUUCUCUUAUCAAACAUUUUCGAGUUCUUUGACAGUCGUAACUUCGUCGCCUUGCAAAAAUCCAAAGGAAACAUGCCAUCAAAAGCGGUUUGCGUGCUCAAAGGAGACGGUGAGGUGAAAGGCGUUGUCCAUUUCAACCAAGAGGAUGGUGACAAUGCUCCAGUGACGGUCUCAGGUGAAAUCUCUGGUCUUACACCUGGAGAGCAUGGUUUCCACGUCCAUGCUUUUGGGGACAACACAAAUGGCUGUGUUAGUGCAGGACCACACUACAAUCCUCAUGAUAAGACUCACGGGGGACCCACAGAUGCAACCAGACAUGUUGGCGACCUUGGUAACGUGACAGCGGGUGCUGACGGUGUGGCAAAAAUCAACAUUAAGGACAAAAUGUUGACACUGAGAGGGCAAUACUCCAUCAUUGGGAGGACCAUGGUGAUCCACGAGAAGGCAGAUGACCUGGGGAAGGGUGGCAAUGAGGAAAGCCUUAAAACUGGAAAUGCUGGAGGUCGUCUGGCCUGCGGAGUUAUAGGCAUCACCCAGUGAAUCCCAAAGCCAGUUUAGAAAUCUUGGUGACCAAUUGCCUCCUGAAAGCACUUAGUCCGUAAAUAAUUCAUUUCUAUUUUUACAAAAUAUUGUUCAAAGAGUAGUUUAGCCAUACUCUACCUGUGCUUUUCGUAAUGCACGUCUGUAUGUUUGCAUCUGUAAAGUGACUUUCAUUUCUGACAUUUGCUUUACUCAAUAAACAAGACCGUUUACCA